AUGGCGACGAGUUUCUUCAACUCGUGGGAUUCAAAUUUUGAAUUACCGCAAUCUAAUAUAAAACUUCCACUUUAUUCACCAGAAUGGGCUGAAAAUAAAGACAGUUUUUCUAGAUUAAAACUUUCGUGCUUAGCAAGUUAUAAACAUCCUUGUUGUGAAAAAUAUUUAAAUAGUAUUGCGUCAGUCAGUAAUGAAAGAAGAAGACAAUGUCAAUAUUCUCAUCCUUGGGUGAUUCAUCCUUUCAGCGCCACCCGGUUUUACUGGGAGUCAUUCAUGACAGUUAUUUAUGCACUAUCAUUUAUUAUAAUUCCAUUUAUGACCAGCUUCAUAGUAUUCGAUUUUAAAGUUAUUAGACUAGAUAGAGUUAGUCCAAUUUUUUAUUUGUUUUUUUGGGUCGACAUUUCCAUGAAUUUCAUCACUGGCGUUCACGGAAGAGAUAAAAAAAUAAUAAUACUUGAUCAAAGAGAAAUAAUUCAGAAGUACAUCAGCGGAUUUUUUUCUAUUGACUUAUUAACAUCUUUGCCUUACGAUCAUAUUACUUAUUACUGGAGAAAACUUCCAGGACCAAAGUCAUCAUUUUUUGUAGCUCUCAUAAAUGUUUUGCCAAUGUUGAAACUUAUUCGAUACGUGACUUUUGAUAAUAAUGUUUCUCAAUUAUUUGAAAUAUCUGAUUUUAUAUGUCGAAUUAGUAAAAUUUUAUUAAUAUCAGUUUAUUUGGUUUACUGGUUCACGUGUUUAUGCUAUUUGGUACCUGUACUCGUGGUUCAUUUUGAUCAAGUUUUUGUUAAGGAUUGUGAUUGCUGGCUAAUUAAUAUUAUUGAUGAUGACAUUCCCGUACGCUUUAAGAGUUCAUUUUUUAUAAUCCUUCAAAAUUUUAUGACCACCGGAAUCCGUGCAAUUGAACCUGAGUUUACUGUACAUACCAUAAUUUGUACUUUGUUAAUGAUUUUAGGAAGAUUUUUUUGGGUUUACAUUAUCGUGCUUUUUUUUCAAAUAUAUAACGAUAAAAAUACGUCUCAAUCUGGUUAUCAAGAAACAAUGAGCCAAAUAUUAGCGUACACAAGACAAAAACAGAUGCCGCAUUAUAUGAGAAAACGUAUUGAGUCAUAUUAUUCUUAUCGAUUCAAAAAUAGUUACUUUAGAGAAAAAAAAAUUUUAUCUAAUUUAUCUGAAAUUUUACGUGAAGAAAUAACAAUUUAUUCAUGCCGUCGAUUGAUAGAAAAUUUAAUUCUUUUUCGUAAUCUGCCUAAAGAUGUUAUUACAUCAAUUGUAUCAAGAUUAAAAUUUGAGAUUUACUUACCUAAUGAUUUAAUUUUCAAGGCUGGUAAUUAUGGUGAUUGCAUGUUUUUUUUAAGUUCUGGAACAGUUGCAUUAUUUACUCCCACCGGAAAAGAAAUUUGUCAUUUAACAGAAGUGUCUUAUUUUGGUGAAGUAUCGUUACUAGUAAAAGAUCAACGUAGGAUAGCAAGUGUAAUUGCUAUUGAAGUUUGCGAAGUUUACAGACUCGAUCGUCGUGAUUUUCGUAAAUACGUUGCAAUCCACAAUGAUUUGUUUCAACAAAUUGAACGCAUGGCUAUGACAAGAAUGGAAAAGGCUAUUCUUAUUGAAGAACAAUACAAAAGAAAUCCUCUUAAACGUAAUCAACGGUCAAUAUGUCGACUAACUUAA